AUUCCAUUUUGGCUUGUUUGCCACGAUACGCGUCAUCUCUAAAGCAGUUAACGAUUCCUGGGUUUUUCCUUUCCUAAUGUGGGCGUUAUUGCUUCAAUAUCUCUGUUACUCAAACCCUCCCCCGCACUUGACCCUUCCCAAGAAGGAAUCCUCCACCACGCUAAACUUUACAUUUUUUUUCAAGCAUCAAGCCAAGCUAACUAUUAUGCGCCACGGAGCACUCUACCCGCCUCCUCCUCUCCUUACUCCUUCUCCAUCUCCCACUCCCAUCCUAAACGCCGCCGUCACAGUCGGCGACCACGACCAGCACCCAAUUCUGGUUUCUGUUCUCUUAGCCCUUUUUCUGCCAUGCGCCGGCAUCAGUGCAGUUUUCGUUGUUUAUAUUUGCCUUUUGUGGUAUGCCUCGAAUUUUCGGACUGACAAUCAGUCAGGGUCGCCCUUGCCGAUUAAGCAGGUGGGUGAGAAAGGGUUGUCUGUUUCAGAACUGGAGAUGCUGCCCAAGGUUACCGGGAAAGAACUCGUGUUGGGGAUUGACUGCGCAGUUUGUCUCGACGAGGUCGAGAUUGAGCAACCAAUUAGAAUGAUUCCUGGUUGUAAUCACGGGUUUCAUUUGGAAUGCGCUGAUACAUGGCUUUCCAAGCAUCCGGUUUGUCCUGUUUGUAGGGCCAAGCUUGAGCCUAAGUUGUUCGAUCCUUCUCACGAUAAUUCCUGAUAAACCCUUAAUCCCUUAACUUUUAUAACAAAAAAAAAAAAAAGUAUCCUCUUUAAGAGUGUGAAAAAAGUUCAGUGUUUGAUGCUUGUAUGAAGAUUUUCUUGGGGAGGAAGAAAAUAA